GUGGUCAUUUGGAGGCGUCGAUAGUGGGCCUGGCUCGCGCGUUUGGUUGUGUAGGUAAGCCUUGGAUGAGAUUUUACUUCAGAGUAACGUUAGUUGGUUUGGACUGGACUGAAUUUCACCACACCUCGUUUUUUGGACAACUUCAUCCACAGAGGUUACAUCAUUCAUAGUCGACUGGAUAACUUACUUGUAUGGAAUAGUUUUGGAUCAAGCUCCUUUUUUUUCUCUCUCCAUGGAUGGCAUGGCUUUUGAAGAAACGUGAUUUUUCAUAGGCGUUUGCAAACUUGUGGGAAAUACCAAGCGAAGUUACUGUUUUAGUCAAGUUUCUUUCCAAAGAUGGAUCAGCAGGCAGCUGGAGGGGAGGACCCAAAUAAACCCUCCAAAAAGAAAUCCAGUGAGGAUGAGAGCAAAAACAAAAAACUGAACAUACACAUAAAAACAUUGGCUGAUGACAUGCGGGACAGAAUCACAAGUUUUCGAAAGCAAGGCAUGAAGAAGGAGAAGCCUCUAAUCCAGCACCCCACAGACCCCAUCUCCACCCAGACCGAGCUGCCUGUGCCCCAGCCGUUCUUCGACGAGCGCUCCAUGAACUUGUCAGAGAAGGAGAUUGUCGACUUGUUUGAGAAGAUGAUGGAGGACAUGAACUUAAACGAAGAGCGCAAGGCCCCUCUUCGAGGGAAGGACCUGAGCACCAAACGAGAGAUGGUAGUCCAGUACAUUUCUGCCACAGCCAAAUCUAUAACUGGGAGCAAAGUUGCGGGUGGACUGAGGAACAGCAAGCACGAGUGUACGCUCUCGUCACAGGAGUACGUGCACGAGCUGCGCUCAGGAAUCUCCGAAGACAAACUGCUCAACUGCCUGGAGUCCCUGCGCGUGUCCUUGACCAGCAACCCGGUCAGCUGGGUGAAUAACUUUGGCCAUGAGGGUCUCGGACUGCUUUUGGAUGCGCUGGAGAGGCUACUUGACAAGAAACAGCAAGAGAACAUUGACAAGAAGAACCAGCAUAAACUCAUUCAGUGCCUCAAGGCCUUCAUGAACAACAAGUAUGGCCUCCAAAGGAUCCUGGGGGACGAAAGAAGCCUACUCCUCCUUGCUAGAGCUAUCGAUCCCAAGCAGACUAAUAUGAUGACUGAGAUUGUCAAGAUUCUGUCAGCUGUUUGUAUCAUCGGUGAAGAGAACAUUCUGGAUAAGAUCCUGGCAGCUAUGACCAUUGCAGCAGAAAGAAAUAAUAAGGAGAGGUUUGCUCCGAUAGUGGAAGGGCUGGAGAACCACGAAGCCCAGCAGCUGCAGGUGGCCUGUAUGCAGCUGAUCAAUGCCCUCGUUACCUCCCCGGAUGAUUUAGACUUCAGGAUACACUUACGAAAUGAGUUUCUGCGCUGCGGCCUGAAAAAGAUCCUACCAGAGCUGAAGGAGACGGAGGAACUCGACAUACAGCUGAAGGUGUUUAAUGAAAAUAAGGAGGAAGACUCCAUCGAGCUGUCUCACCGACUAGAUGACAUCCGUGCAGAGAUGGAUGAUAUGGGUGAGGUGUACCAUCUCCUGUCCAACAUGGUGAAAGACACAGGAUCAGAGCCUUACUUCCUCUCCAUCCUUCAGCACCUGCUGCUCAUCAGGAAUGAUUAUUAUAUCAGGCCUCAGUAUUACAAGGUGAUCGAGGAGUGCGUGUCCCAGAUCGUCCUCCAUCGCAGUGGCAUGGACCCUGAUUUCGCCUACAGGGAGAGACUGGAUGUUGACUUCAGUCAUCUCAUUGAUCAGUGUGUGGAUAAAGCCAAAGUAGACGAGAGCGAGCAGAGAGCCGCUGAAUUCUCCAAAAAGUUCGAUGAGGAGUUCAGCGCACGACAGGAGGCGCAGGCUGAGCUGCAGAAGCAGGAGGAGAAAAUCAAAGCGUUUGAGUCACAGAUCAACACCCUGCAGGCCCAGUUGACUAGUGAGCGAGACAAGCUAAAAGAGGCUGAGAAAAGCAUCAGCGAAAGAAACAGCAAGAUUGCGGCAGGACCUAAAGCAGCCGGUGCUGGUCCUCCACCACCUCCACCACCACCAGGUGGCAUUGCACCUCCUCCUCCUCCUCCACCUCCUCCACCCCCAAUCGGAGGUGCACCACCUCCUCCUCCUCCACCUCCUUUUCCUGCAAGUUUGGGCCCUCCGCCGCCUCCACCACCGCCUGGGUGCGGACCUCCACCUCCGCCUCCGCCACCUGGAGGAGGCCCACCUCCACCUCCCGGCAUGCCUUCGGCACCUCCUCCACUUGUUGUCCAGCUGCCUUACGGACUGGCACCCAAGAAGACCUACAAACCCGACUCCAUCAUGAAGCGGGUGAACUGGUCCAAGAUAGUGCCUCAGGAGAUGGCGGAAAAUUGCUUUUGGCUCAAAGUCAAAGAGGAGCGGUUUGAGAAUACGGACAUGUUCAGCGAGCUUUCCCUGUCCUUCUCUUCCAAAUCCAGAGUGAAAAAGGACGUGGAAGAAACAGAUGACAGGAUGACACAAUUCAAGAAAAAAGCGAAGGAGCUACGGAUUCUGGAUGCCAAGACAGCUCAGAAUCUGUCAAUUUUCCUGGGAUCAUUCCGGCUGCCCUAUGAAGAGAUUCGGGAUAUCGUGCUGCAGGUGGAUGAGGAGAGGCUAAGUGAAGCACUAAUCCAGAACCUGAUCAAAAACCUUCCUGAGCAGAAAGAACUGAGCAAUCUGGCCGAACUGAAGAAUGAAUAUGAGGAGCUUUGUGAAUCCGAGCAGUUUGGAAUUGUGAUGAGCUCUGUCAAGAUGCUGCGUCCUCGGCUAAACGGGAUCCUGUUCAAGCUGACUUUUGAGGAGCAGGUAAACAACAUCCGGCCAGACAUAAUGAAUGUGACGUUUGCUUGCGAGGAGGUAAAGAAGAGCGAAGGUUUCCACAUGCUCUUGGAGAUGGUGCUACUGGUCGGGAAUUACAUGAAUUCGGGCUCCAGAAAUGCUCAGACAUUCGGCUUCAACAUCAGCUUCCUCUGCAAGCUUCGUGACACAAAGUCUACAGACCAGAACACAACCCUUCUGCAUUUCCUGGCCGAGAAAUGUGAAGAAAAAUAUCCUGAGAUGCUGAAGUUCCCUGACGAGCUUGAGCAUGUUGAAAGUGCCAGCAAAGUCGCUGCCCAGACCCUGAAAGCCAGUCUAGACAUAAUGGAGCGGCAUAUUCAGAGGUUGGAGAACGACAUCCAGAACUUCCCCAAGACUGAUGACAAGCAGGAUAAGUUUGUUGAAAAAAUGUCGGGCUUCUCCAAGCAUUCGCGAGAGCAGUACGAGAAGCUCUCCACGAUGCACAAGAAUAUGCAGAAGCUCUAUGAGAACCUGGGGAGCUACUUCGCCUUCGACCCACACACCGUCAGCAUCGAGGACUUCUUCGGAGACCUGGCUAACUUCCGCAACCUCUUCAUGGAUGCUGUGCGGGAGAACCACAAGAAGAGGGAAAUGGAGGAGAAGAUCAAGAGAGCCAAGAUAGCAAAGGAGAAAGCUGAGCGCGAGAAAAUCGAGAGACAGCAGAAGAAGAAACAGCUGAUUGACAUGAACAAAGAAGGUGAUGAGACAGGUGUGAUGGACAGCCUGAUGGAGGCCUUGCAGUCUGGAGCCGCUUUCCGUGACCGGAGGAAACGAACCCCGCGCAACGGUGAUCAAAGUCCAUCCUGUUCUGCACCUAGGUGGCCGGGUGCUAACCAUGAUGCUGCCUCUGGGAAAAGCAGACAACCGUCGCACUGGUUUGGAAAGAUCCCGUUCGCGCCACAAUGCAAACCCUAUGGUCCGAUGAUCGCUUGCCGGCUAAGGACGUUCGCCAAGUGCCAAAGACCCAAGAGUGGGGACAACACCGAGGAGGGCUGAACCGGGAUGGAGACGGAGCCCUCGGCUUUCACAUACAUACACACAUGCACACAAAACGCAGAAAAAACCUCAAGAUGUGCAUCACAGACACUUCAUUGCAGGAUCACAUGACCCUUCUGAAGCCUUAUAUACUACAUCGUGCAAUGCGCCAGUUUAAUUAUGCGGCGUUUGUUUGGUAUUUUCAGUUAUGUCAGCUUUGUUUAUUUCUCAUGACGCUGACUUCCCUGAUUUGGCUCACUAUCUCCAAACAAUCAAUGAUUGGCUGUGGUUUGAUCUCUCGCUAUUGGACAGACAAACAUGCUCCUGAUGACAAAGGCCACCAGAAAGGACUGUGCGAUUCUGUAUGCAUAUCAGCAGAGGGACUUUAUUUGAAAAAAAACAUGACUUGACUGAAACUGCCUACCCCUUUUGCUUUCUGACAGAUUUAGAUCUCCGAUCCUUAAUUCCCCCCCUCAGCUGUAUAACCUCUGAUCACUGCCUCUCUUCAUAUAUUACAAAUCCUAUGUAUGUAGCGACAUGAAAAAGCUGCUGAUAUUAGCUUCAGUGUGUACACAUUUGUGCUGUGUAAGACCUGCCAGUGCCACAAGGUACCUUAGGUGGAUGAAAGAUAUUGCUCUUUAUCUACGGUAAACACUUCAAACAUUCGCAGAUGUUUCUCUAGCAGAGUCAAAGGUUUUAUUAAGUGAAUCUGCAGGUAUGCGAAUCAAAGAGAUGCCAUUCAUUUCAGUUUUCAAAUAUGUCACGGCUUUUCUUCGUGAUUUCCUUCCAAGUCACUGUGCUUUUAGCUUUUAGCCCUCUUGUAGAAGAGCAUUUUAGUGAACUGUAGCUUAGGGGUUUUUAUGAGGGGUUUUCUUCAAAAUCCAAUGGUCAACUUUAAGAGCUCUCUCUUUCUGACCGAAUGCAUUUGCUUCGCCAUCCGUGCUUUCACAAAGAGGAGUAUUUAUCAGAUUCAGUACUCAAAGUUCACGUUUCACAGUUUGCAGAAUAUGAAUUUAUUCUCAGUUUGCCAGAUUUAGCCUGAAGCUUUUGAUAUGUGAACAUUAACCAGAUUCCAGUCAUACAGUAGUAGAAAGUGACACAACGUUCACAACAUGGUGGCUGUCUUCAUGUGAAAACCAUUAGUGAAAUUUUCCCCGCCACCUCCCUUCUCUUAUGCUUGUUGAGGAGUCAUUUUUCGUAAUGUCUUCGACCCCCCAUGUCCAUAACACUGCAGGCAACAAUAUGAGUGACUGGAGUCAUACUGGUACAAGCCACACGCAAAUCCGCUGCUUUUCUUUAUGUGAAGGCAAUGAGUUAAAUUUGCACAUCCAGUGCAAGUAAAUGCAGUACAACCAUGGUGUGGUGUUAAACAAGCCAGUCUUUCUUCUCGCACUGUGUUUGUCAUACUCUCCCUCAAGAGGGAGAGGAAAGGUCGAGAUGCAGCGAAUCGCAAUCCAUUGAUUUGCUUUUCUAAUUAAAACUGCCCUUUGAAUGGUUUCCAGAAGCUGCACUCGGCUCUCAUGACUCUCACUACUGGUUAUUUUAAACUUAAGUUAAUGGUAAUUACAGCAUCUGCACACUGUCAGUGCAGACAUCUUCCACAUGCAUUGUUAUUUCCCAGUCAAACUCCGUUUAGAUACAUUUAUCUGGUGGAUUCAUCAAAUAAUUCCCAAGCUUUCUGUCUUAUAGUCAGAAACGAUAGUCUUUUGAUACAUGUGCCAAACAUUCAUGAUACACAAAAGAAAGCUAGCAUACUGAGAUUAAGGAAGAUGAUUUAGUCGAAUGUUAUCACUCGAUUGAAUGGCUGUUAUCAGUGGUUAUCAGCUUAUAGAUAUGGACCAGUAGGGGGCUUCUGUGCCUACUAUUAGAAUUAAUACAAAUAAUUCUCGUGGUUAAUCAGCUAUACUAAUGGAGAAGACUCAAGAUCCAGACCUGUUUUUACAUUACUGUGGCGGUUGAGAUUAGGGUUGAGGUAGAGGUAGACGUUAAUAUAAUACAAUUAAUGGGAAAUUUAAUAAAUCAUUCAUUCAUUCAUUCAUUUUCUACCUAUUUUCUGGGGCUGGGUCGCAGGGGCAGCAGUCUUAGGAAAGAGCCCUAGACUUCCCUCUCCCCAGACACUUCCUCCAGCUAUUCCAAGGGGAUCCCGAGGUGUUCUCAGGCCAGCCGAGGGACAUAUUCCCUCCAGCAUGUCCUGGGUUUUCCCCAAGGCCUGCUCCCAGUGGGACAUGCCUGGAACACACCGCCUUAGAUAGGCAUGCAAGAGGCAUCCGCAACAGAUGCCUGAGCCACCUCAGCUGACUUCUCUCGAUGUGGAGGAGCAGUGGCUCUACUCCCAGCUGCUCCCAGGUUUCAAUGCUCCUCACCCUAUCCAUAAAGGUACGCCUUGCCACCCUGCAAAGAAAAGUCAUAUCGGCCGCUUUUAUCUGAGAUCUUGUCCUCUCAGUUAUGACCAUAGGUGAGAGUAGUAACCUAGACUGACCGGUAAAUUGAAAGCUUUGCUUUUCAGCUCAGCUCCUUCUUUACCACAACGGACCGAUACAUCGACUGAAUUACUGCUGCCACUGCACCAAUCCACCUGUCAAUCUCACUUUCAAUUCUUCCCUCAAUCCUGAACAAAACCCCAAGAUACUUGAACUCCUUCACCUGGAACUUUGCUUCCAACAUGGAGAUGGCAAACCACCUUUUUCCGGUGGAGCACCAAGGCCUUGGACUUGAAGGUGCUGAUUCUCAUCCCAGCCGCAUCACACUUGGCAGCAAACUGCUCCAGUGCUUGAUGAAGCCAACAAAACAAUAUAGUCUGCGAAUAGCAGAGAUGAAGUCCCGUUGUUUCCUGAACCGGACCCUCUCCUGCCCAAGGCUGCGCUUUGAAAUUCUGUCCAUAAAAAUAAAGAGCAGAAUUGGUGACAAGGGGCAGCCUUGCUGGAGUCCAACAUGCAAUGGAAACAAGUCUGACUUAUUGUCGGCAAUGCGAACCAAACUCCUACUCUGUUCAUACAGGGACGAGAUGGCCCUUAACAGAGCGCCUCUGACCCCAUAGCCCCAGAGCACCCUCCACAAAAUGCCACGAGAGACAUGGUCUAAUGCCUUCUCCAAGUCCACAAAACACAUGUGGGCUGGUUGUGCAUACUCCCAUGAACCCUCGAAAUUUAAUAAAUAAUAUAAAUAAUUCUCAUUAACUUUCGCCCGCAACUGUAUGUUAUCUAUAGCUGAUUAACCAUCUGAAUGGAUGAUAACAGCCCACUGAGCCUAUCAGUUGGAGCAGCAGGCACCUAUUGGAACAUAUCUAUCAGCUGUUAACCACAGAUUACGCUCAUUCGAUAACAUUUAAAUCGGCUGAUUUAGUUCAAAUCACACUAAUAUUUUCUGAAUGAUGAAAACGAGUCACUACAUUACACAUGGAAACAGCAGUAUCGCAUCCAUUCAGAGUUAAAAAACAGAGAUAGGGCUUAGUGAUGUCGUAAUUUUUACAACUAUAAUGUCUCUUUAAAAAAAAGUGUAAUUUAUAGACUUUUUUCCUCUCUUUCCUAAGAAAACAUCGUUUUAUACCAGUGAUCAUCCCCUCCAUCAGUGAUGUUGGUGUUAAUCUUGUGCAUUACUAUAGGCUAAUAUAUAUGUGUGAUGUGUAUUUGAUAGAGAGUAUAUCCUAAUGCAGGUUAGAGUCUGCAAGUGACUGACAGUGUAACAUUUCCAGUCAAAUCCAAUACUUUAAUUGGAUGCUAGGCAGAGACCAGAAGUAGGCAUAAAAAAUGAAGUUACUAGUGCCAAUUUGGGUCCUCUGCUGUCUCAUUUAUCCACAUUUCUUUGAUAUCCUCAGUUUGGAUUGUAUGAUGGUGCACUUUAACUUGUUAAAUAUAGACUGGAGGGAUCUUUUAGUUUGCAUAUCAUUGCCAAAACAGACUGCUCGCAUGUGCGGUAACUAUUUCUGACAAGCGAUUCAAUCUCCAUUCUCUGAAGUCUCCCCCAGUUCGCUCUCAUUCCCGCUCAUUGUAAUUGGCACUUGGAACAAGAUCAAAGUUUAAUGGGUAAGAACAACAGCAACUGUCUCAGGACAUCCUUUUAUUUUUUAGGUAAGAUUCCAUAGACAUGCCUUUCUUUUUUUCUCCCAGACAUUGUGUUUUAUUGUCUUAUUAUAAGCGAUUUAUAUUUGUAACAUCUUUAAGUUUAUUUUUAUCUGUGACUUUAAAAAAAUGAGGUGAAAAUGGUUAUGCACACUGUACCCGAGUAUGUAACAAAACAUCAUACUAAAUAAUAACCACUUUCUCAAAAACAG